AUGGCCGUGGUGAUGAGUGUGCAGCGCCUGGCGUCCCUGCUGAGCUCCGUGCUGACCUCUGCGCAGACUCGAAUCCACAUCAAGCAUCAUCUUGCUGGCCUGGAGGUGCAAAGCCUGCACCUGAGGGAGGCCAGCACUGGAGGGCAUACACUCGCCAUUCCGGGUGGGCAUCCAGAUGGACCAGGCCACAUCCACAUCCCCGCAGGUGAAGUGAGGCGGCUCCUUGGGAAAGACCUUGCUGAAGUCAUGGUCAUCCACACCUGGUUCACCUCAGGAAUCUUCCAGCAUACCCUGGGGGUGCCUAACCUAGAGCUUCAGUCUGCUAAUGGCUCAGAGGAGGCAAGAACGCAGAGGUCCCUAAGCACCCGAGUGGGGUCAGCUAUACUCUCCUCUGAGGUAUGGGACACUGCUGGGGAGGUGAACACAGCUGUGACCUUUCACCUGCAGCACCAGGCCCAGAAGAUUUUAGAGCCUGUCUGUGCUUUUUGGAACUUCAGGGGCUCCUGGGCCACCGCCGGCUGCUUAGUGCUCGCUCUACACCCGGACUCUACCAUCUGCCUCUGCAACCACAGCACCAGCUUUGGCAUCCUGCUGCAGGUGUCUGAAGUCCAGGAAGGUCCUGAAGAGGAGUCGCUGCUGAGGACUCUGUCAUUUGUGGGCUGUGGCGUGUCCCUCUGUGCACUUACUACCACCUUCUUGCUGUUCGUGGUGGCUGGGGUUCCCACUUCUGAGCGGACCACAAUCCACAAGAAUCUUAUUCUUUCCCUGGCCUCUGCUGAGGGCUUCCUCAUGACCAGUGAGUGGGCGAAGACCAACAAGGUGACCUGUGUGGCUGUCACAGUGGUCAUGCAUCUUCUCUUUCUGGUUGCCUUCUCCUGGAUGCUGGCAGAAGGACUGCUGCUUUGGAGCAAGGUGGUAGCCGUGAGCAUGCACCCAGGCCCCAGGAUGAGGCUGUACUACGCUGCAGGCUGGGGCAUUCCUGCGGCCAUCGUGGUCAUCACUCUAGCAUUGCACCCUCAGGACUACGUGGCUUCUGGACACUGCUGGCUCAAUGUUCACACAGAUGCCAUCUGGGCCUUUGUGGGGCCCGUCCUGUUUGUGCUGACUGCCAAUACCUACAUCCUGGUCCGUGUGGUCAUGGUCACUGUUUCCAGCACCCACCGCCGUGCACGCAUGCUGAGCCCACAGCCUGGCCUACAGCAGAAGAUCAGGUUCCAGAUGUGGUCCAUGGUGAAACCGGUGCUAGCCCUGUUACCUGUCCUGGGCCUGACCUGGCUGUUUGGUCUCCUGGUACACAUUAGCCCAACCUGGGCCUACGCUGUUGUGCUUCUCAAUUCCUUCCAGGGCCCAUACAUCUUCCUUGUCUACGCUGCUUACAACGGAGAGGUGCAGAACGCGCUACGGAGGAUGACAGAGAGGAAGGCAGUGGAGGUGCUCAGAGCAGAGCAGGUGCACCGGGCCAAGGGCAUCCAUGGACCCAGGAUCCCCACAGCCUUCUCUUCCAUUACAGAACCCAGGAGACCGGCUGUGGAGCUGACAGCAUUUAGGACUUCAGGCACAGCCGUCUGCGAGAACAAGAGCCACUGCAGCGCCUCUGUGCCUUUGUCUCUGCUGAAUGGGUGCGUUGCUAGGGCUGCUCGUAGCAACGAAGCCGCUUCCACUUCGGCCCCACCUUCCCGACCCCUACCCUGGUUCGAAGAUCCUUGCUUCUUGCCCCCAGCUCCUCCCAACCACGCACUUAAGCCACCUGGGCAAAGGUCCCAGUGA